UGGUGUGUGUGGUGGUUCAACCGUAGGGAACGCCAUUCAACCAACGUCUCCGACAUUUCAGCUGUGCGGCGAACUACCCAGCAACAAUGUAACUUUCAUACGUGCACAGGAGCUCGUUGGAUCAUCUUUUUUAUUCGUUCACAUGGUAAUAUAAUAACGUUAGACGUACAAUCAAAUUCACUUUACCGAAAUUUUGGAGUAAGACCUUCGAGCGUAAAAUGAAGGAUGGGGGAGGAAAGUGUCAUCCAUAGAACCACAGGCUCUUUGCUGCUGUCUCCAGUCAGCGACAUCGUUGGAGUCCCUUUAGACCAGGUGAACUUCUUAGUUUGCCAGAUAUUUGGGCUUGCAGUGGCCUGCUGGUUCCGUCUCUCUCUGAGUCCGUGGCAAUUUGGUCCAGUGGUCCGCCAUGUCGUUGCCACUCUUCUUGGGUGCUGUUUUGCCAUAUUCUGCUUUGGCUGGUAUGCCUCUCAUCUUUUCAUCCUGGUGUUUGCAUGUUACGCAAUCAUGGUCAUGGCAAGCCAAGGCAACAUUCACAGGUAUUCUAUAAUUGCAGCCAUGGGGUACCUGACAGCAUGCCAGAUCAGCAGGGUCUUCAUCUUUAACUACGGUAUCCUGUCGACAGACUUCUCAGGGCCUUUGAUGAUAGUCACACAGAAGAUCACUAUCCUCGCAUUUCAGGUGCACGAUGGCACAUGUAAAGAAGACACACUGACGGCAGAGCAAAAAGAGCAGGCUGUACUAUCGAAACCUUCACUGCUGCAGUACCUGAGCUACAAUCUGAACUUCUUCAGCGUGCUGGUAGGGCCCUGCAGUAAUUAUAAGGACUACGUGGCCUUUAUUGAGGGCAGGCAUGCCCAGCACAGGCUGCGGAGGCCGGGGGCUCAGGGAGUGUCUGUGCAGAACGGCUGGGACAAAGUGGCCGAGCCUUCCCCAGUGGGCGCUGUUGUCCAUAAGCUGCUUGUCUGUGCUGGAUGUCUGCUGGUGUUCUUUACCAUCACUAAAGCCUUUCCCAUCGCAUACAACAUAGACCCGGUCUUCAUCAGCGAGGCACCCUUCUUGACCAGGCUAUCGUACGCCUUUGUGUCCAUACAGGCAGCUAGACCCAAGUUUUACUUCGCCUGGACGUUAGCGGAUGCGGUCCACAAUGCAGCAGGGUAUGGCAUCAAAGGUCUAAAUGAGAAUGGAGAAGUGUCCUGGGACCUCAUCUCCAAUAUUCAUAUUUGGGAAAUUGAGACAGCGACCAGCUUUAAAAACUUCAUCGACAACUGGAACAUUCAGACAGGGAUUUGGCUGAAAUGUGUGUGCUACGACCGUGCGUCCCGCUACCGUACGGCACUGACGUUCGUGCUGUCGGCGCUGUGGCACGGCGUCUACCCAGGAUACUACUUUACCUUCCUCACCGCCAUCCCAAUCACUAUGGCUGCCCGCGCAAUGCGUAAGAAUGUGCGACAUCACUUCCUGUCGUCCAGCACACUUAAGCUGAGCUAUGACGUGGUAACUUGGGCCGCCACCCAGCUCACUAUCUGCUACACCGUCAUGCCUUUCCUGCUGCUGGCAGUAGAACCUACGAUGCAAUACUACAGAUCGAUGUACUUCCAUGUGCACAUCAUCAGUGUGCUGCUCGCACUCUCUCUGCCCAGCAAACCCAGAGCCCCCCGGCCACAGCCUCAGCCUCACAACCUCAACAACAACGUGAAAGGAGACUGACGUGCUCCUUUGCUGAACAAGUGUGUGUGUUUGUGUGUGUUUGGCAGGGGCAGGAUGGGACAAAGGCCCCUCUGUGUGACCACAACAAAGAGUGCUCAGCAAGGACAGCACCCGCUGGUUGGGCGGCCCUGAGCAGCAAAAACACACACACACACACACACACACACACACA